AUGACCCGCAUCGAACCGGCCAUAAACCUAACACGGGCUGCUCAUAAGUCUCACCAACGGCUGUCGAUGCUCGCCGACCGGCUCGACGCUACCUCGGGCGGCGCGCAGGCCCCGCUGCAGCUUGACGGUGACGGCGGCGCCUACGACAUGAACUUCUCCAUCGGCACGCCGCCGCAGAAGCUGUCGGCGCUCGCCGACACCGGCAGCGACCUCAUCUGGGUCAAGUGCGGUCCGUGCACCCAGUGCGCACCGCAGGGCUCGCCAUCCUACUACCCGAACACCUCCUCGUCUUUCUCCUUGCUAUCGUGCUCCAGCGGCCUCUGCCGUAAUCUGGAAUCCCAGUCGCUCGCGUCGUGCGCCGUCGGCGGCGCCGAGUGCGACUACCGGUACCUCUACGGCCUCGCCGCCGACUCGCACCACUACACGCAGGGUUACCUCGGAAGCGAGAUCUUCACGCUCGGCGGCGACGCCGCGCCGGGAAUCGGCUUCGGCUGCACGAACAUGUCGGAGGGCGGCUACGGCACCGGCUCCGGCCUCGUUGGGCUCGGCCGUGGGCCGCUAUCCCUCGUCUCGCAGCUCAACGCCGGCGCCUUCUCGUACUGCCUCGCCAGCGACGCCUCCAAAGCGAGCCCUCUCCUGUUCGGCUCCGGCGCCUUGACGGGUGCCGGCGUCCAGUCCACGCCGCUUAUCUCGGGCGCCAGCCCCAGCUUCUACACCGUCAACCUGAAGAGCAUCUCGAUCGGCGCGGCGACGUCGCCGGGGACCGGGAGUGGCGGCAUCAUCUUCGACUCCGGCACGACGGUGGCGUUCCUCGCGGAGCCGGCGUACUCGCUGGCGAAAGCGGCGCUCCUGUCGCAGACGACGAACCUCACCUUAGCGCCGGGCAGGGCCGGGUUCGAGGUCUGCUUCCUGACGCCCCCCAGCGGAGACGCCUUCCCGACCAUGGUGCUGCACUUCGACGGCGGCGACAUGGCCCUGCCGACGGAGAACUACUUCGGGGAGGUGGUUACUGGCGUGACCUGCUGGAUCGUGCAGAGGUCGCCGAGCCUGUCUAUUGUCGGCAACAUCAUGCAGAUGAACUUCCACGUCCGGUACGACGUCGACAAGUCGGUGCUGUCCUUCCAGCCGGCUAACUGCAACAGCCUCUGA